GGGCCUCAUGUACUAAGGUUGCGUACGCACAAAAACGUGGCGUACGUCCUUUUCCACGCUCGCGUUCAGAUGUACAAAACGUGAAAUGACCGUAAAAAUGUGCGGUCCCCACGCCAGCUCCAGAGCUGUCGUACGCACGUUUCUACAGCUAUUGUUCCUUUGGCAACACUUAGCGGUGACGCUGGGAAACUGGGAAAAAAGGUGAAAACAAUGACUCAUCAGAGUGAUUUGCACAUCAGAGACACACUAAUGAACAAUUAACACACCUUGCAAUUAUAUGGGUGGCUAUAAAAGCAUGCGCAAUGGAUGAAGAUUUUAUUUUUUUUAAAUGGCUGCGUUAGCGUUGUUAGAGGACAUCGCAAAUGGUCAAAUCCGAAGGGAAUGUAUAUUUAGGGAACGCGAGGACUUACUCGCAAAUGAUGAUGAUUGGCUCAUGAGCCGAUUUAGUUUCCCCAGGCCAGUAUUACUGGAGCUGUGCGCAGAGCUGCGGCCGGCCCUAGAGCGCCACACAGCCAGGAGCCAGGGGUUGUCCGUGCCCACACAGGUGCUGACCACGCUGGGGUUCCUGGCAACAGGGGCCUUCCAGCGGGAGCUGGCCGAUCGGUCAGGAGUGUGCCAGUCCACCCUGAGCCGAGCCAUGCCAGCUGUGUGGGACGGAAUCAUCCGAAUGUCAUCCAGGUACAUCAAAUUCCCAUACAAUGCUGUUGAACAGGCCCACAUUAAAGCGCAAUUUGCAGCAACAGCCGGUUUCCCUAAUGUAAUCGGAGCUGUUGACUGCACACAUAUUGCCAUAAAAGCGCCAUCACAGGAUGAAUUUGUUUACGUCAACAGGAAACACUUUCAUUCUAUCAAUGUCCAAGUCAUAUGUGAUGCGCAAAUGCAGCUUCUUAACAUUGUGGCAAGGUGGCCUGGUUCAACGCACGAUUCAUUCAUUCUGACCAACAGCAUGGUUAGGAACAGGCUGGAGGCUGGCACUGUGCGCGAUGGGUGGCUUCUGGGGGACCGUGGCUACCCCCUAAGAACGUGGCUGAUGACCCCUCUUACAAACCCCAACACCGACCAAGAGAGGAGGUAUAAUGACCUCCAUUCCCGGACGAGAAUAAUUGUGGAGAGGGCAAUCGGCCUGCUGAAGGGACGGUGGCGAUGCCUGGACAGGUCGGGGGGGAUGCUACUGUACAGACCUGAGAAGGUGUGCCCCAUUGUGAUGGCCUGUGGCGUCCUCCACAAUGUGGCACACCGCCAUGGCAUACCACUGCCAGAGCAGCACAACCCCCCACUGGAGGAACCGGAUGCCGGACCCGUCAACUGCAACCCACCCCGAGGAGCCAUACGGGCCCGGCAGAAUGUGAUUUCAAGCAUGUAAAGAGGCAAGGACAGAAUUUACUUUGACACAAGUGUAUUUAUUGACGCGCUUAUGUCACUGAGUACAUUCAUAAGCCGAUCAAGGCGAUCAUUAAUGCCACCGAUGGCUCUGACGAUUUCUGCCUGUGACUCCAGCACAGCUCGGGUGAGGACACGGCCGGUCGGGUGGUCAGCAGAUGAAUUCGAGGCGCCGCGUGCAGCGGAGCCGGUGGAGAAACCGAAGUCAGCGGUGACGCUGGAGACGCCGGGGCCGACGGAGGAGACGCCGGGGCUGGAGACGCCGGGGCCGACGGAGGAGACGCCGGGGCCGACGGAGGAGACGCCGGGGCCGACGGAGCAAACCGUGCCCUCUCCUUGCUGUCUAUUCAAAAAUAAAAAAUUUAAGUUAA